AUGGAUUGUAAAAGAAAUAUACUUCACGACAUUGAACCUGGUGACGAAAUCGUUAUUUCUGGUAUCGCUGGUAGAUUUCCUGAAUCUGAUAACAUAAAACAUCUUCGGGAGAAUCUACUUAACAAGAUAGACCUUGGAUCGAAUGACAACCGACGAUGGAAUCACGCUCAUCCAGAUAUACCCCAACGCACGGGAAAAAUCAAUAAUUUGGAGAAAUUUGAUGCGGAAUAUUUUAACGUUUCCUUUAAUGAGGUUUCCAUGAUGGAUCCUAUGGGUAGAAUGCUAUUAGAGCAUACUUACGAAGCUAUUGUCGAUGCGGGAAUAAAUCCGAAAGAUUUACGUGGAACAAACACUGGAGUGUUUAUCGCAGUGUGUUUUUCUGAAUCGGAAGAUAAAUGGAUUUAUCAAAAACAUCAGAUAACUGACUCUGCAAUUCUUGGAAUUAGUAAAACUAUGUCGGCAAAUCGAAUUUCUUAUUGGUUGAAUACAAACGGACCAUCUUACACAAUCGAUAGUGCUUGCAGUUCAAGUCUCUUUGCUAUAGAACGUGCCUAUAAAAGUAUGCAACUGGGAGAAUGUGAUGCUGCUAUCGUCGGUGGUGUAAAUCUCUGUCUGAAUCCUCUCAUAUCUUUGCAAUUUAUGCGACUUGGAGUUUUGUCGUCUGAUGGAUUUUGUAGAUCUUUCGAUGAAAAUGCAAACGGUUAUAUGCGUAGCGAAACAAUUGGUAUAGUAUUUCUGCAAAAAGCAAAGAAAGCUAAAAGAAUUUAUGCAACCGUCGUUCAUGUCAAGACAAAUUGUGACGGAUACAAACAACAAGGCAUUACUUUCCCAUCCAGGAAAAUGCAAGGAGUUUUGCUUCAAGAAUUUUAUGAUGAAUGCGGUAUAUCACCGUCUACUAUAGAUUUUAUAGAAGCUCAUGCUACCGGUACUAAAGUUGGCGAUCCGGAAGAAAUCAAUGCAAUUGACAAAGUUUUCUGCAAGGAUAGACAGACGCCACUGUUAAUUGGGUCAGUCAAAUCAAAUUUGGGUCACUCUGAGGCUGCUGCAGGUUUAUGUCAAAUUGUUAAGGUUAUAAUUGCUAUGCAAACUGGUAUAAUACCACCGAAUAUAAAUUUUACCAAUGAACGACAAGAUAUUAAGGCUUUUAAGGAAGGAAGAAUACGUGUGGUAAAUAUCGCAACACCAUGGAAGCCUGGUUUUGCGGGCAUUAAUUCAUUUGGCUUUGGCGGAGCCAAUUGUCAUAUUUUACUACAAUCUAAUUUGAAGCAAAAAGUUAAUGGUGGGGCACCAAACGAUGAUUUACCGCGACUCGUCAUCGUAUCUGGUCGAACUGAACAAGCAGUAGAAUCAUUAUUAAAUGAGAUCAAUAAUCAACCGAUAGAUAUUGAAUAUGUUCGGUUGUUGCAUGAUCUUCACGCUGAUGACAUACAAGGUCAUCCCUACAGAGGAUAUGCGAUUAUUGAAUCUAAAGUAUUUACAACAAUAAGGGAAAUAUAUCAUUAUUCAGGUAAAAAGAAGCCGAUCUGUUUCAUGUUUUCUGGCAUAGGAUCGCAAUGGCCUGGCAUGGGUCAAGCAUUACUACAAUUUCCGGCAUUUUAUAAAACUAUAGAAAAGUGCGAUAUUGUUUUAAGAACACGUGGAAUGCGCAUCAUGAACAUAUUAACAAAUAAACACGAAGCAAUUUUUAAUAAUAUAUUGAACUCUUUAGUUGGCGUCACCGUAAUGCAGAUCGGAUUAAUCGAACUUCUAAAGUCCGUAAAUAUCGUGCCAAAUCAUGUUAUUGGUCAUUCGAUCGGUGAACUCUGUUGCGGAUACGUGACUGGCAACUUUACAAUGGAACAAGUGCUUCUAUCCUCGUAUUAUAUAGGAUUAGCGUUGAAUGAAACAAAAAUAAUUCAUGGCGCCAUGGCAGACAUUGGUCUUAGUUAUGAGAACGCGAAGAACAUAUGUCCACUGGACAUUGACAUAAUCUCCGUUAAAAAUCAAAAUACUUGUACCAUAAGUGGGCCAAAAAAAUCAGUAACAACAUUUAUAACAAAAUUGCAGGAUAAUAAUAUCUUUACUAAAGAAAUUAACUGCAACAAUAUUCCUCUUCACAGUCGUUAUCUCGCAUCUGCGAGAGCUACGAUUUUGGCUUACUUAAAUCGAAUAAUACCCAAUAACAUGAAACAUAGUCUGAUGUGGCAAGAUCCGUUUAGUGAAACGCAUGGAUUGUCCUACGCUGAAUAUUUUACAAAUAAUCUAUUAGGUUCUGUACUUUUCGAGAAAACUGCAAAAAGGGAAAACUGGAUUCUUAAAAAUUCGAUAAUUGUAGAAAUUGUAUCGGAUGAAGUUUUUCAAAGCGUUAUGGAAGAAUUGACCGAUACGACGAUAAGUAUUGCAUUACUUCAACGUCAUCACGAAGACAAUGUUAAAGUAUUUUUGCAAGGAUUAGGAAAAAUGUAUAACAAUGGUUUGCAACCACAAUUAGCGAAUUUAUAUCCCACUGUAGAAUUUCCUGUUAGUCAUGGAACUCCAAUGAUUUCUCCAUCAAUCAAAUGGAAUCAUUCCGAAGAUUGGUAUGUAACGAAUUUUAAAACACAAACCAAGAUUACUUCUGGAGAAAGAACUGUCGAUAUCACAGUGAAAGAGGAAACAUUAGAAUACAUAAGUGGUCACGUAAUCGAUGGAAGAAACUUAUUGCCAGCCACGGGAUAUCUUCUUCUGGUUUGGGAUACGAUUAGUAUGCUAAAGGGUCAGUGGCUAAAUGACAUAUCGAUUGUAUUCGAAAAUGUCAAAUUUCUUCGGGCAACACAUAUUCCGAAGCAGGGAGAUGUGAGCUUAACAAUAAUGGUGCAGAAAGGCACUGGAAACUUUGAAAUAAUAGAGGGAGGUAAUGCUGUUGUUACUGGCAAAGCGCGUAUUGCGUCAGAUCCUGUUAAAGAAAAAAUACCGAAUCAUCUCUUAUUAGAAAAUUCCGAAGAUGAGGAAGAAGUCAUGACGAUAAGAGACAUCUAUAAAGAACUUAAAUUACGUGGAUAUCAAUAUGCUAAUUUAUUUCGAGGAUUAAAAAGCUCAUCUGCUACUGGAAAACGAGGACACAUAGAUUGGAUGAAUAAUUGGGUGACGUUUAUGGAUACUAUGUUGCAAAUAAAAAUCUUGGGAAUUGAUAUGAGAAAUCUUUAUGUUCCUACGGAGAUACAAAAAUUAGUGAUCGAUACGAAGCUUCAUACUCAGUGUAUACAAAAUAUAACAACUGAAGAAAAACAGCUUCCUGUACGCGUGUAUAAAGAUAUGGAAACGAUAGUAUCAGGUGGUGUCGAAAUUCGUGGUGUAAAAGCCACUUCUAUAUUUCGUCGAAAGUCAACAGCGAGUCCUGUUCUCGAAGAAUAUAGAUUCGUAGCACAUCGCGAUCAAGCCGAAGUUUCCUUACAAGAGAGCAUAAUCUUAUCGACUCAUCUUGCUCUGGAAUAUCAUCAAAUGACGAAAGUAAAUAUUAUUGAAUUGAUUGAAGAUGAUGAUGAGAUAACAACAGAAGAAUUAGCGUCACCAUUAUUUUUCGAAGUCUUAAAUAAUUUGCCGUUGAUUAAACCAAACAUAAAUUUAAUAACUAGAACUGAUCGUUUUGAUUCUAUUACCCUUCCUCCAAAAAUUACGGUUUCACAAUCCAUGAAGCUAUCAAAGGACGAUAAUGCAAUAUUAAUCGCUGGAUAUAAUCUAUUAAGAAAUGAUAAGAGCGAAACAUUAAAGGAAAUUUUGUCGGCAUUAAAAGAUGGUGGAUUCUUAAUAACACGAGGACAACCGCUGACAAAAGAUGAUAUUAUAAAUGCGGAGAUUCACGAUUUAACAAUAGUCCUUGAGAAACGAAUGAAAAAAGAACAUAUUGUACUCUUAAAGAAAAGAAAAAGAUUGUGGAGAAAGACAGAAGUUAUUAGUGUGAACAAUUAUGAAUUCUCUUGGUUGAAGCGACUAAUAUCGAGUUUAAAAAUCGAGAAUAAUGUAACGAGAAUAAUUUUAGUUGGCGAAAAAGAUUCGGAAUGCGGUUUAUUAGGUCUUGUAAAUUGUUUGAGAAAAGAACCAGGCGGAGAAUUAAUAAGAGCUGUGUUGAUCCAAGAUGAGACAGCACCGAAAUUUUCUUUAGACGAACCGUUAUAUGUGAAACAACUCCAGAUCGAUCUCAUUACAAAUGUUUUGCAUCCGGGACUGAUAUGGGGAUCAUACAGACAUCUUCCGCUAGCACCUUUAGCGCCAAAACUUUCGUAUCAUGCUUUAGUCAAUCAAAUGAUUCGCGGUGAUUUGAAUUCAUUUCGCUGGAUCGAGGGCCCGAUUGUUUCGGAUUAUCAACACGAAAAUCUUGUUCGCAUAGUUUAUGCGUCUAUUAAUUUUAAAGAUGUAAUGUUAGCCACGGCUAGAAUCAUCAUGGAUGAAUAUAUGUCACGCGGACGAUUAGAAGAAUGUCUGAUAGGUUUGGAAUAUGUCGGAAUCGAUAGUGCUGACCGUAGAGUAAUGGGUAUUUGGGAAAAUAGAUGUAUAUCAAAUAUGCGCAUAGCCGAUACAGCUUUUUGCUGGUAUGUCCCCGACGAAUGGACUCUGGAGGACGCUGCAACAGUCCCCUGCGCUUAUGGCACAUGUUGUUACGGAUUAUAUGUAAAGACAAGAAUAAAGAAAAGUGACAAAAUAUUAAUUCAUUCAGGCACUGGCGCUGUUGGUCAAGCAGCGAUUAAUCUCGCACUUCAUGAGGGUUGCGAAGUAUUCGUCACUGUCGGUACUCCAGAAAAGCGGAAAUUUAUAAGAGAGACCUUUCCAUCUAUUCCAGAGGAUCAUAUCGGAAAUUCACGCGACACUAGUUUCGAGCAAAUGAUAGUCCAACAGACCAAAGGUCGCGGUGUUGAUAUCGUACUGAAUUCAUUAGCCGAAGAAAAACUUCAAGCUUCUAUUCGUUGUCUUGCAAAAAAUGGACGUUUCGUGGAGAUUGGCAAGUUCGAUUUUAUGGCUAACAAUAUGUUGGACUUAUCAAUGUUUUCGAAAGGCAUAACAUUUUACAGCGUUAUGUUGGAUAAUUUAUUCUCAGCUAGUGAGGAUCGAAGAAUGGUACUGAAUAAGGUACUAGUCAAUGGUCUUAUUAGCGGAGCCGUCAAACCAAUCAGCAGGAAAGUUUUUCAAAGAGAUGAAAUUGAAGCUGCAUUUAGAUAUAUGACAGCUGGAAAGCAUAUUGGAAAAAUAAUUAUUAAAAUACAUAAGGAAGAUGAAUCUAUAGAUGCACCCAUUCCGGCACUUCCGCGUUAUUUUUGUAUGGCGAACAAGACGUACAUUAUUUUCGGUGGCUUAGGUGGUUUCGGUUUAGAAUUAGCCGAUUGGUUGGUCAUUCGAGGUGCCGAGAAUCUUGUGCUGGUCUCGCGCAAAGGAAUAAAGAACGGAUAUCAGCAAAUGAAAAUCGAAUUGUGGAAAUCUUACGGAGUUAAGGUGUUGAUAAUAUCGGAUAUAGACGCAUCGAAUGUUGAUGGUUGUGAACAUGUAUUGAGAACAGCGGAGAAAUUAGCGCCAGUGGACGCUAUAUUCAAUCUUGCUGUGGUAUUGAAUGAUAAAAUUUGCCAAAAUCACACUAUAGAGACAUUUCAGGAACCGUUUAGAGCAAAAGCUUGGACGACGAAGAAUUUAGAUCAAUUGUCUAGAAAAAUAUGUCCUCAGUUGCGGCACUUUGUUGUCUUUUCUUCAGUUUCCUGUGGCAGAGGAAAUGCUGGGCAGACCAAUUAUGGUAUGGCGAAUUCCAUUAUGGAAAGAAUUUGCGAGAAAAGAGUACAAGAAGGUCUACAUGGAUUAGCUAUUCAAUGGGGUGCAGUAGGCGAUGUCGGUCUGGUGGCCGAUAUGCAAGACGAUGACAAGGAAAUGGUUAUUGGCGGUACUUUGCAACAAAAGAUAAGUUCCUGUAUCGAAAAAUUGGAGGAAUUUCUGUUACAAGAACAUCCGGUAGUAGCGAGUAUGGUUGUAGCUGAGAAGCGUUCGGAUGCUUUUGGUGCAAGUAAUAUUGUUGAAACUGUGGCUAAUAUUAUGGGUUUGAAGGACUUAAAUAAUGUGGCUCGUCAUACACCUUUACCGGAACUCGGCAUGGACUCGAUGAUGGCUGUGGAAAUUAAACAAACUUUGGAACGGGAAUUCGAUGUUUUUCUUACAGCGCAAGAUAUUCGUUAUCUCAAUUUUGCUAAACUUAUAGAGAUGUUUGACAAAGAUACAUCGAAGGAUAAAAUCGAUCGAGAUGAGAAGGAGCUAACUGGUAUUAAACUGUUAGUUCGGUUGAUAGGCAACAAUGAUGUGAUUCCCGACAUCUGUAUAGACCUUCCGACAAAAAGAAACAAUGCGAGAAGCAAAAUAUUUCUAUUGCCAGGAAUGGAAGGCUGCGGAAGUAUUUUUGAUUCUCUGGUUCAACAAAUCGAAGCUCCAGCAAUGUGCUUACAACAUGGAGCGCAUAACAUUGGUAUAGGCUGCACUUCAAUAAACGAGAUUGCUCAUUGCUUAUUACAACAUCUGUUAAAUAAAAAAGAAUUGAAUCGAGAUUUUACAAUAGUGGGUUAUUCGAUGGGAUCGUUGAUUGCAAUUGAGUUGAUGCGAAAAUUAGAAGAUAUGAAUAUUCAAGGUCGAUUAAUUCUCAUCGAUGGGGCACCAGAGCAAAUGAAAGCAUUAGCAAAUCAAUUCUUAUCUUUUACUACGAGUUUCGAUCUUGAGAAUAAUGUUCUUUUAAGUAUAAUGGAUGUUAUACAGCCAACACUUAGUGGAAAGCUCCUUUUGGAGUUAAACAAAUGCACCAAUUGGAACGAAAAAUUAGAUACUUUCUUAACUCAUGUCCCUUCAACUUAUAAACGUCUCUCAGUUGAUAAUCAUAAAUAUUUGUGUACAACAAUUUAUGAGCGUGUAAUUGCUGUUCAUAAAUAUGAUGUGACUCAAUUAUCAAAAAUUAAAUCACCUAUAAUACUUUUAAAACCUACAAUAUCAGUGUUGCCUUAUUUGCAAGAAGAUUAUGGUUUACAUAAGAUUACUGAGGGAAAUGUUGAAGUGUUUUAUAUCGAAGGUAAUCACAUUACAAUGAUGAACAAUGAUAAAGUCAUUGCUGUAAUUAAUGGAGAAUAUAUUGAAACGGACAAAAAACUAAAGCUACGUAUAGUAGAUAACGAUAAAAUUACACAUAUGCAAGAUAUUCGUACCAGAUCAUAAAACUAGUAUAU